AUGCCCGCCGCCUACGUUGGCACGGAACACCUCAUCAACGACACCUCAGUUGACGGUGGCCCCAUUGACGAUAUCGACACCAAAUCAGUGGAAAAGGACACAUACGGCAGCGACCUUGAGAAGCAGCUGGACUCUGACGAAGAGAUCAAUGUCCGAUAUUUGUCUACAGACCAUCCGGAAGGGAAAGAGCUCACGCCUAAUGAGGCGUUCACUUGGGCUGUCUAUGGAGACCAGUCGCCUUUCCCAGAAGUAGCGGCUUGUGUGCCCAACACGGAUGACCCGAACAUGGCCUGUAACACCGUUCGAGCUUUGUCAGGGGGCUACCUUCCUUAG